AUGCCAUCUUACACCGACUACUACAACUGUAAACCGCCUCCCUUGCUCGAACGGCUAUUCCAGAAGUCUUCCCCCGAACACCAGGACCAAGACCUGAAGAAAUGUCUGAAUAUAUUCGACCUGACAGUUCAGGGUGUGGCCCACAUUGCUGGCACAAGUAUCUUUAUCCUGACUCCAGAGGUUGUAAAGCUGAUAGCUGGACCAGGGACGGUGGUAUCGUAUCUGAUAUCUGCUUUUGUUCUGUUUUUCACUGUUCUAGCUUACAUGGAUUUGGGAGCUAGAUACAGAGGUAUUGGGAACGCGUAUGUGUACGUGUACUCUGCUUUGGGAGAAUUUGCUGCAGGACUUGUAGGAACGUUCAUGAUGACAGAGAUUGCAUUGACCUUGGCUCUGUAUUCAGUAGGCUUUGGACAGAACUUGGAUAGAUAUGUGAUGGGGGGAUACGCUCAUGGCCUGCAAGUCAAGUAUGCUGGAACCUUUCUCCCGGAUUACUUAGCCGAGAAUGUCAACUUGAUGGCUAUAGCUCUGAUUGUAGUGUGUUGUGUUAUUAACUGUAUCGGAGUUAAACAGGUGGCUAUAACCAAUAUUAUUUCAAUAUCCUACGUUAUCCUGGCUGACAUUAUGUACUGUAUACUAUCUCUGAUAUACGGAAGUAACAACACAUUCGCCCACUCCACGGAUCCUGAUACUGGGAGGGGAGGAGUAUUUCCUUAUGGAGCUGCUGGUGUGGUUGCCGGGGCAGCGAUCACUGUGGUUGCCUUCAAUGGAUUCGAAACAACAGUGUCUCUCUCAGCCGAGGCUAAGAACUCUAAAAGGGACGUCCCUCUGGCUGUGGCCCUGAGUUUCGCCAUUUCCACCACGAUAUACGUAUCAGUAACGCUAGCUAUCGUCUACUUGGUACCAUGGUACAGCCUAGAUGAGAGCACUGGGAUGCCAGCUUCGCUAGAUGCUCACGGUUUAACCGUACCCAAAUACAUUCUGAUCGGGGCUAUCAUGUUAGCAGGUUUCAGUAUUGCUCUGUGCUCUCUCACUACCAUAGCUCGAGGACUGAUGGUGUUCUCUAACGAUGGGUUAAUUCUGAGUUGUCUCAGUUUAGUGGCGGACUGCUCUCAAGUGCCUGUAGUGGCCACCGUCACUGCUUCAGCUAUAACCAUUGUCUUCACCAUCGUCUUCUCUUUCAAGCUACUUAUACACAUGGUAUCAGGAGGAGCAUUGUUGACUUUCUCAGCUGUGUGCUACACCCUUAUCGUUAUUUCUUACUCCAAACAAAAGGAAGUUGUUGAUGAGUCCUCGGGUCUUGUUCAAAACGAAGUGGAUAACCGAUCAUUCACCACGUCUGAGGCUCAAGUGACUCCAGGGUACGUUCACAAUCAAGAGUGGAAGAUAGUGGGAUGGAUGGCUUCUUUUUGUACCAUCGUUACACUUUGCAUCGUACUUAUUUAUGGGCCUAAAUCCUGGUCUUUCUGGAAGGUUCGUCUGCCUAUAAUGAUGGCACUGGGGUUUUUAAACAUACUGAUACUGAGCUACAUCAAGCUGAUUUAUCAUAUUCAGCCCCAGAGGGACCCUGGUUUUGUUUGCCCCGGAAUACCAUUUGUCCCAGCUACAGGGAUAACACUGAACCUUGCCCUGUUCAGCGCUUUAGAUUCAGCAGCCCAUCUGAUGACUAUUGCUUACAUUAUAAUUGGGAUCUUCAUCUAUUUUGGGUAUGGGUAUUUUCACUCCACGAUAACAUUGAGUAAGAGAAAGGAACUGGAGUUAGCAUCUGUCUCCGAACAGGAUGAACAUGAUCAAUGA